GACACAUUUGGUCAUUGAGAUUACAAAAUCGGGACAUGUUUAGUCACUAGAAAAAAUUAAUAUCAAAUUUGGUCACUAUAAUUACUAAAACUGGAAACAUUUAGUCACUCGCCGUUAGUCUCCGUCCAACUCCGUUAAUGAAGUCCGUUAAAUGAUGAUGUGGCAAACAGAAUUGCCUAAUCAGCCGGAUAUAACCCAACAAAAAUAAAACCAGACCCUCCACGUCAUUUAAACCAACCCAACCCAUGACCCAACUCCACCCAACCCUUCUUCCUCGCCUCCUCCCCGGCAUCCGCUGCCGCCGCCAAAGCCUUCCUCCUCCCGAUGGUCUCAAUCGCCUCCGCCUCCUCACUCUCCUCCCUCAAAACCCUCCCGCUCCGACUGACCUGCAGAUCCAGACGAUUCUCCCCCACCAGAUCCACCGCCGCCGCGGUACCCUCAAUCUCCGCCUCGAUCUCCGUCGGCGACAAGCUCCCCGACGCCACGCUCUCCUACCUCGACGCCGACGACGAGGUCCAGACCGUCACGAUCUCGUCCCUCACCGCGGGGAAGAAGGCCAUCCUCUUCGCCGUCCCCGGAGCUUUCACCCUGACCUGCUCGCAGAAGCAUGUCCCGGGGUUCGUGGAGAAGGCGGCGGAGCUGAAAUCGAAGGGAGUCGACACAAUCGCCUGCGUCUCGGUGAACAACGUGUUCGUGAUGAAGGCGUGGAAGGAGAAUUUGGGGAUUAAGGACGACGCCGGCUUGCUGCUGCUCUCCGACGGGAAUGGAGAUUUCACCAGGGCGUUGGGGGUGGAGCUGGAUCUGAGCGAUAAGCCGGUUGGGCUCGGGGUUAGGUCGAGGAGGUAUGCGCUGCUGGCGGAGGACGGCGUCGUGAAGGUGAUGAAUCUGGAGGAAGAAGGCGCGUUCACUUUGAGCAGCGUCGAGGAUAUGGGUUGGGUUGGGUUGGUUUUAAUGAUGUGGCGGGUUAUAAUGACGUGGCGGGUCGGGUUUUAUUUUUGUUGGGUUAUAUCCGGCUGAUUAGGCAAUUCUGUUUGCCACAUCAUCACUUAACGGACUUCAUUAACGGAGUUGGACGGAGACUAACGGCGAGUGACUAAAUGUGUCCAGUUUUAGUAAUUAUAGUGACCAAAUUUGAUAUUAAUUUUUUCUAGUAACUAAACAUGUCCGGAUUUUAUAAUCUCAGUGACCAAAUGUGUCUUUAACCCAAAAUCAAUUCCAAUCCCAAUCUCAAUCCCUAAAUAUUUCGGUAUCCCAAUCUGUAUUCUGGUAUCCCAAUCGGUAUUAUCAACCAUGAAAUUAGUUAAAUUUAUAAUUAAUAAUUAAAUAUAUAAAUUAAAUUUGAUUGUUUAAUUUAGAACAAAGAGACUAACCAAAGAGUUGGAGUUUGCCUAGAGCUAGGACAUUUGAUUGUUUAAUAUUAGCUAUUUCCCAUACAACUUGCCGAUCGCGAUUUGGAGAUAGAGAAAACUAAAGCUACAUGGGUAGCAAUAAUUUCUCCAUUUCUUGACCGGCUUUUGGUGGUUGUCGCAUGCUUGCUCUUCACCGAAUUGAUUAGCAAUUGUGAAUUGAAAGAGGAUAACUGAGAGAAGAUACUGACCUAGACUUUUUUAGUGAAAUGAGAGUAGGUGGCGUGUGGAUUGGCCGCUAGCUGUCCCGUACCAGUCGUAUGAAUUUUCAAAGUCCUAAAGAGUAUCAUUGGGCUUUUUAUUAUUGUAUGGGUCGUUAAAAUUUGGUAAUGGGUUAUGAAUAUUUCAGUUGGCAAUUAAGGCCGGUAAAAAAUGUGUGAGGACUGA